AAAGAAGGAUAGUUGUUAGAAUGAUUGCCGACUUGCCUUUAAAAUUUUGGGAAAUGAAAGCACAGUCCCCUUGAAUUGUGCUUGUCUGUUAGCAGCAACUUAAGAAUCUGUGUUCUGGAUGGGAUUUAGAUGUAUAACCGUCUGGCUUAGUGGCUAGAUUGCAAAUUAGGUCUCCUACGUAUGCUGUAAUUCUUCCAAGUUAGGGGACAAUGUAGAUCCUCCGUGUUUUUAAACGUGGUCUCAUCCUGGUGUGCAGACAAGAGGAAACUGGCUUCUGUAACCUUGAGCCUUUGCAGGGCUAUACCAGGACCAGUGCACAAAUUUUUGCUUGUUAAACAGUGCCUUAAGUUCAGGCAUUACAAUUCCUACCAACCCUGGAGAAAAUACAAGUGUGGAAGAGAUUUGAACUUGAUUUUCAAACAACGAAGAGGGUAAGUAUUGUAUUCCGGUUGGAACCAUGUUGCUCUAACUUCUGUAAACACAAUUCCCAUUCGUCUCGUUCUUAUCCGAUACUGUGUAGAUCUAGUUAGGUGUAAAGUACUCUGGAAAAGCAGCUACAAAGACUGCUGGGUCUUGGCAGGAGGAGAACUAAGUUUGGCUAACAAGAAGCUCUUUGGGAGGCUGCAAGUGAAUGCAUAAUGCUGAAAGUCUUUCUUUUCCAGGUUUUCUGUUGAGAAAGAAGACUGUCCCCUUUGAUCAUUCCUGCUCUGCCAGAUAUGAUUGCUGAGAAAUAGGAAGAGAGUAAUGUCCAUUAUACUUUCAGGGCUGAGGCUGGUGGGUUGGAGACAAGAUUUAUGAGGAGAGUUCCCAAAGCCUUUGGAAAACUGUGGAAGAUGUGAUGAGGAAUGUGCAUGCUCCUUUGUUUAUAUUUCUUAUUAUUUUUCUUCAGAGCAAAGAAAUGUUCAGAAGAAUGUGAAUGUUGAUCUGUUUUGGGGUGCUAGAAGUCGAGUAGAUAUUUCUCAUCGCUGGCUUGAGCCUGCUGCAUUCGGUGUAACUCACAGCCAGAGAGCAGAACAGGGCCAGCUGUGUACUGCACCUCUGUCAGCUGGGAAGAAAAAUCCCAGUCUGAUACAGACUAAUCUUUCCUGCCCUUCUCAGCCGCUCCGGGACACCACCAGCCAGCUCUCCAAUUCCUGCUUCCAGCAGCAGAAUAAUCUCUGCUCGAGACUGCAGCAGCACAGCUCUAAGGAUUUGGCUUAUAGGACUCCCCGUCUUGCUUUGUCAGUGCUCCCUGCUGUGAAUCUCCCUCGGAGACACCCUUGCCUUUAUGCUGAUAGUUUAGAAGGAAGAGGGGAUGAGAGUGUUGGCCUCCCUCAGCAAUACCAUCAGAAAGCAAAGGCAGGUGGUAGCUGCUCCGUACGUUCUGCUUGCCAUUGUUCAGAAAAAAGGAACAAGAAUAGUGAGUAUCCAGUGGAAAAGCAACAGUGCUGGUCUCUUGCUGCUUCUUGCGUGGCUCAUGGGAACCCCUCACUAGUCAAUACGCAUUUGCUAUCUCAUACUGUAGAUCCCCUUCUUGGGAACGAAUCAGCAGAGUGUCUCUCUUUAAGGAGCUCCAGUGAAGGUGUGAACUCUUGUUGUCGUGGUUCAGCCCUGACCUUGGGAGAUCUCAGUCCAUCUAGUCUGGUGGAGUCUUUUCAUAGCACUGCCUCCCUUCAGUCUCUUUUGCAGUCCUCACAGACUUCUGCCAGCUUGCACUGUUCAAUCCAGAGGCUUAAACAAGAAACUGUUUUGAUGGGGAUAUGGGGCUCUCUCCCUCUGGAGCCCACGUCUUCUCCAGUGAGUGGCAGUCUGUGCUUUGCUCCUGAUGAUUCAGCUCCCGGCAUCCUGAGCACAGGAGAGCAGCUAGCUGGAGUGAAUACUAGUGCUGCUCAGGCAAGAUUGAAAUGGGGUGUCCCAUUUGCUAAAGACUGGAGCCUCAGUGCAGUGUCAAGGGACUUCUGUCAUGCUGAACCUGCCUCUGUCUCUCACAGAUACGGACAUACUGACUCACACACAUGGAGAACCAAACUUUCAGGUGACAUCCAGCGAGAAACCCUCUCUGCUGCUGUGGGCUCUGGCUGGCUGGUGGAUACAGAAGCAGGUUCUUCCUAUAAUUGCUCCCCUUAUUUCAGAUACCAGUCCCAGGCAAAGCCAGCUCUGGAAACUGGAGGUCUUUAUGUUUACACAAAAAGUCAUUCCCCUGAAAAGGUACUUAAAGGAGAGAAGACAUUUGAUGGGGCACCCCCAUGUGCUGUAUCUUGGAAAAAAGACCUUCCAUCCAGCCUAUAUCCAGAAGGUCUGCAGGUGUCACUGGAGACACAGUAUGAGGGUCCUCGGAUGGAUGUUGGUGUAGCCAUGUGUGGGACUCCGAGGGAAGUGUGCAUGAGAGUCACUUCUGGAGAUAAAGAGUUUGGGUCAGUCCAGCAGCUUAGUAUUAAAUCUGUAGAAGUCAGCGCCUUUGAACCUCAUAGUGAGUCCAGCAAGGAGUCGGAAGAGGUGUGUGACUCUAGAUUGCAAGCAGCCAGAAGAAUGGCUGUGGUGGACAGCAGCAAGUCUAGCCCUUUCAGUAUUCAGGUUGGGACAGGCUUUGGUGAAUUUUCUGACAUAGACGGUGUGAAUGUGAGCAGAGAGGGAGGGAGAAACAAACACUCUUGCCAGAACAGCUGGAGGAAUUGGGAACCUGACACCAAUCUGGACCAGUCUGAAGGGCCUUCUGUGAAGAGGAGUGCCAACAAACCACAGUGUUGUGAAGAAGGCAGCCAGAGGCAGGAAACUGUGUCCAGAGAGAUCUCAGAGAACAGCUUCUGGUCUUUGAAGGGGAAUGAGCAAAGUUUCCAGAGCUUGUGCGACAGACAAAUGCUAAUUAAGUAUUUCCAAGCUUGGAAGAGCCACGUCUUCAGCAAAAGGGCUGCAGCCGGGCAGCUUUACAGACAGCAGCUACUUCGGAAGGGCCUUGGUGCUUUGCAGUGGGCUGUGCACCUGAGGAGGAUGCAGCUGGAGAUAGCCCAGCGGAAACACACCUCGGCUCUGCUAGCUGUCAGCUUCCGCAGGUGGAAGAAAGCUGUGGCAAAACAGAGCAAGAGGCAAACUCUACAACCUGAGCCAUAUUCUCAUGCCCAAAGUUCAUCAGUGGGUUUUUUUGGAGUAGGAAGAUUAGCAACCAUGACAACCUCAGCUCAGCACCAGCUUACGGUAGGAUGCUUGAAGGAAGCUGAGCAGGCUUGUAGAGUGGAGGGAGAACUGUGGACACAACUACAUCGCAGACAGAGAGGAGAUGAGUUCUGUUGGAGAGCUCAAGCAAUCAGGGAUAUGAGACGGCUAGCUGCAGCUUUCAGAUUGUGGCGCCUGCAGAAGGAGCUACUGAGUAAAGAGGAAGCCAGACUGGAGGAAGCCCAAGCCCUGCUGAAAAAAAAGCAUCUACGAAACACUUUCCAGAUGUGGCGUUCUCGGUGCUUGGAAAUGAAACAGAUUUUAGCACUGGCAACUCGGAUCCAAAGAAAUUUGGUUUCUCGGUGCUUUAAUGAAUGGAAGGAGACUGUUGAGCAGAAUGCACUUCACAGGUGUAACCUGGCCCAUCUCAGAGCAGGCUUGCUGAGGAAAUACUUUCAGCAGUGGGUUCGUAUGCUGCAGAUCAGGAAAGAUGAUAAGCGGAAAAUAGUGAACCUCUUCAUCCUGAGGUGGAGGCAGUACUAUGGGCCAACUAUAAGCUCAGUAGCUGACCAAGCUGCAACAAAGAGACAUGAAGCUCAGCCAUGGUGGACUGUAAUGAGACGGUUUCCUGAGAAAGCAGGCUACUGUCUUGAUGACCUCUGCCAAAAGGUGAAACUCCAGAGGGUAUUUCUGCUGUGGAAAGUGAGGUUCUGCGAGCACCAGAGAGCUGAUUCUUUCUCUCAGGCUUUGGAGCAGUGCCGGCUGCGAGAAGCUCUGAGAUUGUGGCAUCAAAUGUUUCUCAUGAUGAAGACAGUUAAACGAAGUCCAAAGCACUCUCACAAGGCUGUCCAUAAAGAUCCUCUUGCCUUGCUAGUUUCUGAGGACCUCUCAACAUCUUCUGGCUUCCACAGCAGUUCUCCAGCUACUUUUGCCUCUCAAAGCUCAUUGGAAAAGGAAUACAGUCUUAGUGACAGCAGCCAGCAGAGCUUUUCCUCCAUUCUGACUGCUGAGGAUGUCACACAGAUGCCCUAUUACAGUUCUUUACUGCAACUACACCAAUGCACAGAGCUGCCAGCUGAGCUGGGUGGGGAGCUCUACUUGCAAGCCUCCUUUCCUCCACAGAGUCCUGGAUCAGGAGGAAAUUGGUUUGUGGGAGGUCAGUUCCAGUCUUUGGCACUGCAUACUCCAGGCAGUAAUGUCCAGCCUUUUGCCAGUUACUCCGCAUGGGAAAAGGACUGCAGUUCUGACAAGGAGGUGAAGUGUUGCUGGUACCAAGCAGAGAAAUGCUGCCUGCAGAGGCACUUCAUCAUCUGGUCAUCUCGAACUCAGCAACUUGUGAAGGCCCAGCAGUACUCCAGGCUUAUUCAGCUCUCUCGACCGUUUCUCAGCUGGCACCACUGGGUUGUGGAGAAUAAGAACAGAAAAGCAGCAGCAUCCCUAAAACGUCACAUUCGUUGCUGUCAGAUGGCUUUCAGCCUGUGGAAGAAGAGGCUGUCCCAGAAAGUGGAAGCUGACCGGAGAUUCAGGUGUCACGUCCACCAGACAGCUGCUGACACUUUGUGGCGCUGGCGUUCCUGCUGGCAAAGGAAUCGUGCCAUGAGAGCGCUGCAGCAGCAAUGGGCUCAGCACAGCUGCCAGGAGAAGAAGAGGUUGGUCAUGCGGACAUGGUCUUGCCAAACAAGGAAGCGGAGAAAUGCUGCUUUAUUCUGGGAACGUCUUCUACUGUACAGGUGCCUAAUCACCUGGUCCCAGGUCACUGCCUAUAGGCUGAGGCAGCGUGAAGCCCUUUCUUGUUUUGAAAGUGCCAGAGAGCACCGUCUCCUAGCAGUGAGCUUUGCCCAGUGGAGGGUGGAAUUCUUGAGAGCUAAACAACAGUUGCUGGGAGAGGGAAGCCACAAGCGGCAGGCAUCCUGUCAUGCUAAAGCCUGUCACCGCUGGCGAUUGGCCUCAAGGGGACGGCAAGCCCUGCGCCUGGGUUCUGUGGCCACCAUGGAACAGGCCUGCAACUACUGGACAAAAGCAGCUGCCUUUUCCCAGUGCUUGCGGCAAUGCAGUACCCUGAUAGGCACUAGGAAGAGCAGGAAGAUGUCUCUGUCUUGGUCCAUGAAGAGGAGAGGAUGCAGAGAAAAUGGUUCACCACUAGCACCAGCUGCCCCCUUCAGGCUUUUUCCCAGUGCCGUUCGCCGCUGGCUGAUCAUCUACAGAAACCAAAGCAGGGUGGAAGGGCUGCUGCCGUAUCAGGUGGUGGAGAGAGCUGACGUGGUGGGAUUCACUCCUGCACAUGCUGGGAUCCAGGAAGCUAACUCUGAGGUGGUCUCUGAGGAGCUGGAUGAGAAGUGGCUUGGGAGGAAGUAUCUGAGGUGGUGGCGUCACACAGUGAUGCUGCGCCAGUGCCAGCGUGGCAGGAGGCUUCGCUGCCUGGCAAGGGGAUGGCAGCAGUGGAGGGAGGCCAGCAGCGUGGCGCUGCUGGCGCAGGUGUUGGACAAGCAGCGGCUCAUGGAAAAGGCCUGGAGGACAUGGAGACGACAACACUUGCAAAGUUGUGUGGUGCAGAGUGUUUUGGAGGAGGAAGCCAGGAGCCUACUCACCCAUGCCUUUGGAAGGUGGCGCCAGCUAACAACAUUCCAGCUCAAAAACAAAGGACACUGCUGAGUGGUGGGAGCCUGCCUGCAGCUGAUCAUUUCAGGACAUGUGGAGGAUACAGCCAACUUCCACAACAAAGAAUUGGUCCUGUGAAAUCAAGAGAGUGUGGAACACUGCUCGCACGAUUAAAGUGAUGCUGCAGGCCAGAAGCAUGCUAGCCAAAGGACAACCAGCAAGAGAUGGUACCUAGUGAAAGGUCCUCUUUAAAGGACUGAUACUCUACCUCCCUACAGCCACAAACUUGAAACUUACUCCCUUUUGUUAUGAGGUCGCAUUCAUUUCUCAUUUUGACCCUGAUUUUGUUGAUUGGAACUCUGAUUAAAGGUCAAACCACUUUACAGGUUCUCCCUUUACUCAGUGUUUCUUCCUGGACAGGAGCUUAGUGUACGUGCAGGGGUGUUGGCAAACAAGUCUUAAAGAAAUGAGCAGGAGCUUGCCUGUGUCAGCCCUUCAUCCUAUUGAUUCCUGAGUCUAGACUGUCCCUGGCUGGUGUGAACAUAGGCCUUUAUUUUUAGAUUUGCUUCUUCCUUUGGAGGGGAUUCCCAUAUGGCCCAUACCUCCUCCCCCUGUGCGGAUCCAUCAGCUCUUCAUUAAGGUUUUCAGUGGGUGGCCGGCCCCUGACUGCUUCCUGCUGGUUCAUUUCAGUGCUAAAUGGACUGGGGAUGAAGAAACCUGCUGGGAACAGCUGAGCACCAAAAGCUUUGCUGAGGCAAGACAGGCGUGUCUGACCCCCAACCCUCCUAUUACUUGCUCCUGUGAUUGAUGCCCUGUAAUUACCCUAGGUAUACGAACCCAGUCUCAGACAGCUAUAAUGAGAGGGUCUGAAGAAUCUGGAAAGGGCUUUUUCUUCCUUGCUUCUUUGAAAGAGAUGCUAGCAGCCUGGCAGGGAAUCUUGAA